AUGACUCACUACAUCCAUGUCAUUGGUAGACAACAUGGUGUCUUUCCGAGUAAAAUAGAUGACCAAAUCGAGCGUCUGGAGGAGACGAUCAAGUUCGCACUACCAGAAGACUCUAAGUGGCACGGAAUAUACUAUCGCCAAGGUCGCAAACGAGCCCACCCUUCCUGGUUGCGAAAAGAGCUCGUCUUUGAAUUUAUGGGUCGCAACGGUCUGAAGCGCUUGGAUGAGAUAUGCAAGCAGUACAUGUGCAAUCAAGGCAAGGGUGUUCUGGAAGAUGUCAAGCUCAUCUCGCGCUGGCCGCGUGUGCUACAGCAGGCUGCGAUUGCGAAGGGCAUCUCUGCGUGA